ACUCCGACGGAGCGCCGCCGCCAUCUUGGUUUCGUCGUUCCUGUGCCGGCGGGUAUCGCCUCAGUGCCCCCUGGGGAGGGGAGCUCCGCUGCCAAGGGCGACGGUGCUGCACGGGGCGGUGUUUGCUUUGUCUUUUGUGCGGAGAUAUUAAGUCAUAAAACAGGUGCUUGUUUUCAAGAAAUACAAUGGAUAACAUGAAAAAAGUUUCUAGCAGCUCUUGCAAUGAUGGACUUCUACUUAGAAUGGGCCUUAAUGAUAACAAAGCAGGAAUGCAGGGUUUGGAUAAGGAGAGAAUCAAUAAAAUCAUCAUGGAAGCUACCAAGGGUUCUAAAUUUUAUGAAAAUGAGCUUAAGAAAGAUCAACAAGUUAAUCAACGAAUUGAAAAAAUGAUGCAGCUAAAAGAGAAAAUUACAGCACAACAGCUCUUAAAAGCACAGAUGCAGGUGGACAAACUUGUGAUAGAACUGGAACAGAACCGUAACCUUAGCAGUACAAUUGUACACAUUGACAUGGAUGCCUUCUAUGCAGCUGUGGAAAUGAGAGACAAUCCAGAGCUGAAGGAAAAACCUAUAGCAGUGGGAUCAAUGAGUAUGUUGGUUAGAGAAAUAUUGGCUGAAUAUGAUCCCAAUUUUAUGCCUAUGGGCCUAGAUGAAGCCUACCUGAACAUAACAGAGCACUUGGAGGAAAGGCUGAACUGGCCUGAAGAUAGAAGAAGGUUCUUUUUAAAUACAGAAAGCACUACAGGAAUAGAUUGUAUGACUAUGUCUGCCAAAUUUAAUGAAGGUGAAGUCUCUUCUUCACCAGUGCUGUUUGAAGACAACUCAUCUCUGAUGGAUGAUGAACAUGAACAAAGAGGUCUGUCAUUGGAAAACUCAGUUGUCUUUGGAACUUCUGCAGAGGAAGUUGUGAAGGAAAUUCGCUUUAGGAUUGAGCAGAAAACUCAACUGACUGCUAGUGCAGGAAUAGCACCAAAUACAAUGUUAGCAAAAAUGUGCAGUGAUCGUAAUAAGCCUAACGGCCAAUACAGAAUUUCUCCUGAGAGACUUGCAGUGCUAGCCUUCUUGAAAGAUUUGCCCAUUAGAAAGGUGCCAGGUAUUGGAAAAGUAACGGAGAAGAUGUUAAAAGCCCUUGGAAUUGUGACUUGCUCAGAACUUUAUCAGCAGAGGGCGCUGCUUUCUCUUCUUUUUUCAGAAGUAUCUUGGCGUCAUUUCUUGGAUAUUUCCCUUGGUUUGGGCUCAACGCAUUUGGAAAAGGAUGGAGAAAGAAAAAGUAUGAGCACUGAAAGAACAUUCAGUGAAGUAAACACAGCAGAAGACCAGUACAGUUUGUGUCGAGAGCUCUGCAGAGACCUUGCUCAAGACUUACAGAAAGAGGGACUUAAGGGUAAAACUGUUACAUUGAAGCUUAAGAAUGUGAACUUUGAAGUUAAAACCAGAGCUUCAACUGUGCUGUCUUCUGUUUCUACUGAGGAGGAAAUAUUUACUGUUGCUAAAGAUUUGUUAGGAACAGAAAUUGAUAGUGUUGCUCCUCACCCUCUAAGGAUAAGACUUAUGGGUGUACGAGUAUCAGGAUUUCUAACUGAAGAAGAAAAGAAAUACCAACAAAAAAGCAUUACAAGUUUCUUAAGAUCAGGAAAAGAAAUUGGUUUCCUUAGGCUUCAGCCAGAGAAGUCCAACCAAGAGUAUUUCACAAAAAAUUCAGAAGCACCUCAUAGAGGGAGUUUUUUCGAUCAAAAGCGAGCAGCAAGACAACUAAGCAGUGAGAAUAUUUCUCCAAAUGAAAGCAGAGGUAAGCAGCUCUUUCAUGAUGAUAGAGCAUCAGCAAAUAUUGCGGAAGAAACAAAGAAAGUCCUCGAUUUACCGAAUUCUAAUGUUUGGGAGAUCUUCACCUGUCCCGUGUGCUUUGAGAAGCAAAGCAGCAAUAAUUUGGAAGAACUUAAUAAACACAUUGAUGAGUGCCUCAAUGGGAUGUGUGUUAAAGAUACUGUGGAAAUAGCCAAGAAUGACAGUUCAGGAGAAAAUACAUCUAACUUCCUUCCACAGUUUAAAAAUGAGUGGGUUGGUAAAUGUCAAAAAAAUGAAACAGAUCAAUUAUCAGGAACAGACCAGUCUACAAGUGUAUCUGACAGCUCUACUGACAAUAGCACAGAAAAAUCUGCUCAGAUAGUACCUGAUAAAUCUCUCAGAGAACGACAGCCUAGCAAUCUCAGUGACAUUGCUAGAAACGUGUGCAUGAAACAGUGUUUCUUCCCCAAACAAAUAUCACAAGACAAUGAAGACCAUUUUGACAAGCCUGAAGAUACAGAAGGAAGUAGUUCAUCCUGUUUCUUUGAAGCCAAAGAAGACCGUGUUCUUGUUUGUCCAGUUUGUAAUUCAGAACAGAAAACCACCAAUCUUAUGUCAUUUAACAGACAUGUUGAUAUCUGCUUAAAUAAAGGCCUUAUCCAGGAGCUGACAGAAAAACAGGAUUUUCCUACUAAGACUUAUAAUAUGGAAAAAAACUCAAACAUAGUUUUCUCUGGAGGUUUAAGCAAAGGACAGCAAUGCACAAAUCCAUCACAAGGAACAAAAAGGUCUGGACUAACGGCUUCACAGUCAGUAUCAAAAAAAACCAAGUCAAGCAAUUCCAAACAUACAAUCAAAAUGUUUUUUAAAUGAUUGUGUAGCAACAUGUUCUAUAUGAAGUAUUUAAUAGAGUUUUAUGACUGCAAGUUAAUUUAAAAUUGGCAGUAGGCUGGAUUCAGGUGCCUGUAAUUUUGGAACCAUUCCAUUCCAUGACAUCUGAGAUAGAAGAAGAGGUAAAAUGAAGGAGUUUUUUCUUUUCUUUUCUUUUCUUUGGAGAAUAAUACUUUUUUUCCCACUCGUUUCCAAGAAUCAGAAUUUGCUAGCACUUUGACUUAGCUCCCUAGAAUAUACAGGAAUCAUUAGCUAGGGUGCUCCACUGUACUUGCUGAAGGCCCUCUUCCCACACCUGAACUUCUGUCUUCCCUAUUGUAAAAAUAAAAUUAUGAGAUUAACUGUGUAAUAACGAAGAAGAGUUGAGUUGCUCGAUUUUAGCUAGUGUUUGUCUUUGUAGUGGACACAGAAAUGUGUUAAUCUUGCAGGAUAAGAACAAGAACUUAGAGCACUAUGAAGCUCUCAUUGUUACUGAAAAUUACUUCAGUAAGAGUUGAUUGACCAGAUCUGAAGGACUUGUCAUGGUGAGAUAUACAAUGACUUCACUUAUUUAAAAAAUAUUUUAAAAUCUGUUGAUUGAGGGGAUUCUCCAGGAUACUCAGACUAAUGCUGUUCGAUCUUUGGCCUUUCCAAAGGGACUGAAAACUUUUUUACAGUUUGAAAUUGUUACCAGUGAGUAGCACUAAAUUUACUCUAAAUAAAAGGUUUCAUGGUGCAAUAAUAAUAAAUUAUGUGCAAAUACAAGAAAAUGAACCUUCUUAUUGUUUAGCUGUCUUUCUCUUUUAAAUUAUUUUGUAUUGCUGAAUAAAGUGUAUUCUGUGAGUACAUAUGUGGAAAGAGGAAUGAAAGUGCAAAUAUUUAAAAUGCUCUGUUUAGAUUGUUUCUGUUCACACCAAAUUGUUGAAAGACUUUUUAUUAUAAUUAAAUAUUUAUCAGACAAAUAAUUGAUUAUAACAGCAUAUUUCUUAGAAGUUAUACAAACAGUGCCAAGCCCUGUAGGAAAUAUAAAUUGCUUUUUUAACUGAAAGGUCUUUUAAAGAAGUGGUAGCUGUAGAAGCAUCUGUUUUGCUGUUCAGCUGUAUUGGAAUUUUGUUGCUUUUUAAGCAAACAAAUGUAUACAUGGUAUGUAUUAAAAGCCCAAGCUCAGUUCAGAAUAUGCUUUCCUGUUUCCAGAAUCUCUGGAAGGAUUACACCAUCUCUCCCUGCUUAUCUGUUUGUUUGUCAGAUGCCACUGUACCCACAGCUCUGUCAUUUGAAUUCAUGUCAGUGCUCCUUUAUCUUCUUUGGACCAAAUCAGCUGUACUAGUUCAGACUUUAAAUUGACUGAGUCAACUUUUUUAAACUGGGUCAGUGAGCACUCAGCAUGAGCUGUUCUGUUGACAGACAUGGGAACUUCUGGUAGGAAAGACAUAAAAGCAACUGAGGGAACAUAAGUUUGCCAACUGCUGUUUAGUAAGUGAAGACCUUUCCCUUUUUCAGCUUGUAUUUCUGAUUCAAUAAAAUAUAGAAUCCAAGUA